AUGUUUCGCGACGAGUCUCAAGGCCUCAUAGCAAAGGCGCGACGCGGGAAAACCUCGCAGCGCUCGGCCUCAGCUAGUGAUGGAGCUGCUUCCCGUCAAAAGCCGCCCAGAUCGGCAAAUGAGGGGCAGUCAAAUGUUUUUGCUUCGGUGCCCGUGGGUUUGACUACAUCCCCAGAGGAUCAAGCAACGACCUUUUUCUUCCAAAACUAUGUCCCCGGCCGGAACGAGUUUCGGUGUGGGAGUUUUCAGUAUCUACAAGAUAUGUACCACCAAGAAAAAAUAGGACAGGCUGUGGCCGAUUUGGUUGUAUCAGUAGGCAUCGCCGGUCUUUCAAACUUCUGGAAGGCGCCCCAGUUUAUGGCCACGGCCAAGAUGAAGUACACCUCCGCCUUACGGCUUUUGAGUUCGCACUUGCGGAACGUCAACGAAGCGAAGGCCGACCAGACCUUUGCGGCCGUUAUGCUACUGGUCUUAUACGAGACGAACGGAUGCCAUAGCCGGCGGGCCACGGAAACUGGAAUGGAACAUACGCUGGGAGCGUCGGCUCUUAUGCAACUCCGAGGGAAGAAGCAAUUACGGACGAAAAUAGGACGAGAACUAUUUAUUCAUUAUAGAUCUCAAGCGAUUUCAAACUGCAUCCAGAGGAAUUCCCGUGUCCCAAGUUUCAUCACCGAAUGGAACGAGGCUCUGAACACGACGGAGCCCAUUGAAGCCGCAGCGGACUCUAUUGCGCAAAUGUACAUGAAAUAUGCCGAUCUCCGCAGGGAAAUGGGCCCAACGGAUGGCUUUAGCAACCCCGAGAAUAUCAUCUCCAGGUGUUUAGCCCUCAAUGCUGAAUGCGAACAAUGGGUCGAGAGCUGCCCCCUACAAUACGCACAUCAAACUGUAAAGGUGAACGCCCCGUCAGAAGAGGUCUUCCGCGACGAAUACCACGUCUAUUCAAGUCCCUGGAUUGCGAUGACCUGGAAUAAUUUCCGUGCUCUUCGGAUAUGCAUCCACGAUCUUCUCCGUAAAUAUUUGAAGCAUUUUUAUCAGCUACACCCAGUUGGAAUGCUCUUCCAUGACCCUAAUUUCUUCCGGAGACAGACAUUAGUGUCGGAGGAAAUUAUCCUUAAAUGCUCGACGGAUAUCUGCUCCAGUGUGCCGUACUUUCUCGGCUUCCAACCCGACCUAGGCGCAGUGCGCCCCAUGCCGGGAGCAUUUAAAGGUAACCUGCUUCUUUGGCCGUUGUAUAACGCAGGCUGCAUGGAUGUUAUACCGAAUCAUCAGCGCAACUGGGUGGUCGGCAGACUCCGAUAUAUAUCGGAAGUUAUGCUAAUUCGACAAGCAACUCCCUUGGUCAAUGUUCUUACCGAAAUGGCUAUUGCCGGAGCAUGGGAUGAUCUAAGAUGCAACACAGGCGAAGAUAAUGUGCUCGAAAAUGGCGGUCCUGCAGCAGUGCAGACGACCACCGAGCAGGUUCAAUCACCACCACUUUAUACCAUACAUGACAGCCUCGUUCUGCGAAGUCAGAGUCAAGAAUAUCAGGAUACGAGAUUCCCAGACCCGCUUGAGCAGACUCUAUCAUAUUCGCCCCCCAUGCAGCAACAGCCCGUAUAUCAGCUAUCGACAUAUCAGAAUCGCCCCAACGAUUUCCAGUCUAGUGUGUCUGAUCGCCAUAUUUUCAAUCAGACAAGGGGUAUGGCAAUGUCGGGGGAUUUUGAGAGUGGGAAUUGGUAG